GUAUAAAUACAUGUAUGUCCUGUGAAUGAUAAAACGUCUGAAUAAUAGAUUUUAAUAUUCAGUCAUUAACUAAAACAUUAAAGUACUUUUUAUUAUGCAGGAGGUAUGGGCAUUCUUUGGUCGUUUGUUUGGUUUUGCAUGGUAUAUGACAGUCCACUGAUGCAUCCAUCAUUGAGUGAAAAGGAGAGGGACAUAUUUGAGAAAGAAGGUUCCAACAUCUUAAAGUCUUCCUCAGAUCUUGCUAAAAGUGUUCCUUGGCGGCGGUUAUUGACGUCACUUCCUGUCUGGGCAUUGUACCUGGCCAAUUUCACCAGAUCCUGGGUUUUCGCUAUGAUCAUUUUUGAAAUUCCUCAAUAUUUUACGGAUGCAUUUGCUCUUAAUGUGUCAACGAUUGGAUUCUUGACUUGUUUCCCGCCAAUUCUAAUGACUGUGUCUGUAGUAUUUGGAGGAAUCUUCGUAGACAAACUAGUGAAAACUGAAAAAGUUUCAGUAACUGCUGGGCGUAAAUUAUCUCUUUGUAUAGGUUUUGGAUCAGAGUCCUUGUGCAUUUUAGCUCUUGGUUUUGCUAGAGAUUACAGCACAGCCGCUGUUCUUAUAGUAGUUGCAGAGGGACUGGCAGGACUGUCUAUUGCAAGUUUUAAAGUCAAUCCCGUUGACUUAGCCCCUCAAUAUGCCAGUGUUUUGACGGGAAUAGUGAGGUCUGGGGUUCUAGGGGCUGCCAUCGGUACUGCAAUUGCUGGGGCUCUCAGAGAGAAGAAUGCAGAGUCUUGGUACAGAAUCUUCUUCAUCACCGGAUCAGUACAUUUAUUUGCUGUUAUAUUCUACUCUGUGUUUGGGUCAGGACAACAGCAAGGGUGGGCUCAGACAGAAUAUACUAUGUUAGAUAUACCAAAGGGUGAUUCAGUGUACGGGUCCACUGUCAUAUCACUCGAGAAAACCAAAGACAACCUAGCAGAGAUCGAGAAAUCUAAUACUGAGGAAAAUCAUAAUGGCAUUAUUCCCAACGAAGAUAUUCCAGACAAGAAAUAG